AUGGCGGUAACGGACACGAAAGGACAAGGGCUGGAUGUGUGGGUUUUCUUUUGUCUAGCACUGCUGGGUGUGAUUAAUUUGGAAGGAAUCUCUGCUCAAUUACGAUAUUCUAUUCAGGAAGAAUUGAAAUCGGGGACAGCAGUUGGAAAUGUGGCCAAAGACCUUGGAUUAGAUCUCGGACGACUGGCGGAAAGAAAUCUUCGUGUCGUGUCAGGAACAAAGCAGGAUCUGUUUGAGGUAAAUCCGAGAGAUGGAGUUUUGUUUGUGAACCAGAGGGUAGACAGAGAGGAACUGUGCGCAAAAACUGUUCCAUGCAUCACAAAUCUAAAAGCAGUUGUGGAAAAUCCCCUGGAAAUGCAUCAAGUAAUAAUAGAAAUAAUCGAUGUUAAUGACAAUUCGCCGAAAUUUCCCGAAGAAAACUACACAUUAGAGGUGCUGGAGUCCGCCGUAGUUGGAUCUCGAUUUCAAAUGGAAGGAGCCCACGAUUUGGACGUUGGCUUGAAUUCUUUACAGUCAUAUAAACUAAACCACAACCAGUAUUUUCGGCUGGAAACGGAGGAAUUUGGGGAGGAUGGAAAAGUUCCAUUCCUGAUAUUACAGCGAGUUUUGGAUAGAGAACAGAGUGCUUGGCACUGGUUACUAUUAACAGCUACAGAUGGAGGAAAACCGUCAAAAUCUGGUACGAUUAACAUCACUGUUAUUGUGUCUGAUAUAAAUGACAACUCACCAGUGUGUGAUAAACAGAAAUACACCAUAACAAUAAGGGAAAACGCACCUGCGGGGACAUUUCUGCUGACAGUAAAUGCAUCUGACUCGGAUGAGGGGAUGAACGGUGAGAUCGAAUAUUCUUUAAGGAGCAAACUUAGAGGACUCUCAUCUGACCCGUUUGAUCUGGACCACAGAACUGGGAAGCUAACAGUGAAAGAGGGCCUUGAUUACGAGGAAAAGCAAGUCUACGAGAUUAAAGUACUGGCUGCGGAUAAAGGUGCAGUGUCUCUUUCCACACACUGCAAUGUGAUAGUUAGAGUGGAAGACGUGAAUGAUAACCAACCCGAAAUAGAAAUCACGUCCCUUUCAAGUCGCAUUCCAGAGGAUGCACCCCUUGGCACCGUGGUGGCGUUGAUGGGCGUGACGGACCUUGACUCAGGUGUGAAUGGACAGGUGGUCUGCAGUGUGCCCGGACAUUUACCUUUUGACUUAAAGCCAUCUCCUGAUGGACAGUCAUAUUCUUUGGUCACCAAGGACUACUUGGAUAAGGAAACAGUACAUAGGUAUGACAUUGAAAUAACAGCUAAAGAUUUAGGGAGCCCCGCCCUAUCAUCUACGAAGGUGAUACAGGUAGAUGUGGUGGAUGUUAAUGACAAUAGUCCUUUAUUCACUGAAAGUCCAUAUACGUUUUAUGUGCCUGAAAAUAACAAGGCCGGAAUGUCAAUUUUUUCAGUGAGCGCAACUGAUGCUGAUGGAGGUGAAAAUGCUGCAGUCACAUAUUCACUCGACCGAAAGAGCCUAGGGCCCACUGUCACCUCCUUUUUAAAUAUAAAUGAAGCCAAUGGCACUAUUUCAGCGUUAAAAAGUUUUGACUUUGAAACAAUGAAAACUUUCCAGUUCCACGUUGUUGCGUCAGAUUCUGGAACUCCGUCACUGAGCAGCAACGUCACAGUCAACGUGUUCAUUCUGGAUCAGAACGACAACGCUCCAGUCAUCCUCUAUCCACUCAGCUCUAACGGUUCUGCUGAAGGUGUGGAGGAGAUUCCCCGCAAUGUCAACGCAGGACACUUGGUGACUAAAGUCAGAGCCUAUGACGCUGAUAUAGGAUAUAACGGCUGGUUACUCUUUUCACUGCAGGAAGUUACUGACCACAGUCUCUUUGCUUUGGACUGCUACACAGGACAGAUCAGAACACUUCGCUCAUUCACAGAGACAGACGAGGCUGAGCACAAACUGCUCGUGCUGGUCAAAGACAAUGGCAACGUCUCACUCUCAGCAACAGCUACUGUCAUUGUCAAAGUUGUGGAGCCCAAAGAGGCUUUUGCAGCUUCCGAUGUUAAAACUUCAGCAAAAGUCGACGAGGAUGAUAACGUGACUUUUUACCUGAUGAUAACUUUGGGCUCAGUGUCUGUGCUUUUUCUCAUCAGUAUCAUUGUGCUGAUUGCAAUGCAGUGCUCAAAGUCCACAGACUAUACUUCUAAAUAUCUACAAGAGACUAAUUAUGAUGGGACACUAUGUCACAGCAUCCAGUACAGAUCUGGAGACAAACGCUACAUGUUCGAUGAGAGACUGGAUCGCUGUAUUUACUUCAAAGAAAGACGCCUAUUCUUUUUUUGCUUCACAAUGGGAGAACAAGGACAAAGGCGCCGAGUGAACUGCUGCUGGGUUAUCGGGAUUUUAUUGUUGUGCUUUGGACACCGGAUUCUGGCUCAGCUAAAAUACUCUAUUCCAGAAGAAGUGAAAGUGGAAUCCCCUGUUGGGAAUGUUGCCAAGGAUUUAGGGCUUGACACGAGCACUUUGACAGACAGGCGGUUUCGUAUCGUUUCAGGUCCAAAUCACGCUCUGUUUGAGUUAAAUCAGAACAACGGAGUGUUGUAUGUUGGGAAAACGAUGGACCGCGAAGAGCUCUGCGAUGGAACCAAGGUUUGUUUGAUAAACCUGAAAAUUGUGGUUGAAAGCCCGCUGGAAAUACAUUACGUUGGCGUUGAAAUAACGGAUGUUAAUGACCAUUCACCGACUUUUCCAGAAAAGGAGCAGCGACUGGAAAUAGCAGAGCAUACUCCUCCGGGUACUCGUUUCCAGAUUCACGCCGCUAGAGACCCUGAUGUCGGUACACUAUCAGUUCGAUUAUAUAAGUUGACCCCAAAUGAUUUUUUUGACACAGAAGUGAGAGACAGCGAGGAGGACAAGAUACCGUUUUUAGUGCUGAAAAAGCCUUUGGACAGGGAGCAAAAAGCAGAACAUCGUUUAGUAUUAACGGCUCUUGAUGGGGGCAGUCCGUCCAAAUCUGGGAGCCUUAAUUUAACCAUCACUGUGCUGGAUGCAAAUGACAAUCGGCCGGUGUUCAGCAAAGAUACAUACAGUGUGUCAUUAGAUGAAAAUGCCCCUAUAGGAACUCUUGUUAUACAGCUGAACGCCACAGAUUUAGAUGAAGGCUUGAACAGCGAAAUUGAAUACUCCUUUGGAAAAACGCAAAAGAAAAAAGUACACGACACCUUUGAGUUAGACAGUGUCACUGGUGAGAUUCGAGUGAAAGGAAAAGUGGACUUUGAGGAAACGGAGAUUUAUAGACUAGAUUUGCAGGCUUCAGAUAAGGGCCAACUACCAUGGACAGCCGAAAGUCGAGUAGUAAUAAAAAUAAAAGAUUUAAACGAUAAUAAGCCCGAAAUUGAAGUAACAUCAUUGUCCAACGUUGUCCCCGAAGAUUCAAAGCCUGGCACUGUUAUCUCUCUCAUUAGUGUUACUGACAGAGAUUCGGGUAUUAAUGGAAACAUCAUUUGUAAAAUCUCGGAUAAUGUUCCGUUUGAUUUGACGCCAUCCAUUGAGGAAAACAUGUACUCUCUUGUCACAAAAGGACGUCUGGACCGAGAAACCGUGUCGCACUAUGACAUCACAAUAACAGCUACUGACUGUGGUGAACCCCCACUUUCCUCUGCAAAAACAUUGCGUGUGCAGGUGUCUGAUGUAAAUGAUAACAGACCGAUUUUUAGUCAGAAUCCAUUUGAACUUUAUUUGGUAGAAAACAAUGCCCCGGGCGCAUCAAUAUUUUCUGUAACUGCUGUUGAUAAUGAUCUAAAUGAAAAUGCAGCAAUAACAUACGCCGUUGUGAGAGGUGACGGGCUGCAGAGUGAUAUGACAUCCUUCCUGAAUGUAAAUUCGGAAAACGGACAAAUAUCCGCGCUAAAAAGUUUUGACUUUGAAACACUGAAAACUUUCCAGUUCCACGUUGUUGCGUCAGAUUCUGGAACUCCGUCACUGAGCAGCAACGUCACAGUCAACGUGUUCAUCCUGGAUCAGAACGACAACGCUCCAGUCAUCCUCUAUCCACUCAGCUCUAACGGUUCUGCUGAAGGUGUGGAGGAGAUUCCCCGCAAUGUCAACGCAGGACACUUGGUGACUAAAGUCAGAGCCUAUGACGCUGAUAUAGGAUAUAACGGCUGGUUACUCUUUUCACUGCAGGAAGUUACUGACCACAGUCUCUUUGCUUUGGACCGCUACACAGGACAGAUCAGAACACUUCGCUCAUUCACAGAGACAGACGAGGCUGAGCACAAACUGCUCGUACUGGUCAAAGACAAUGGCAACGUCUCACUCUCAGCAACAGCUACUGUCAUUGUCAAAGUUGUGGAGCCCAAAGAGGCUUUUGCAGCUUCUGAUGUUAAAACUUCAGCAAAAGCAGAUGAAGAUGAUAACGUGACUUUUUACCUGAUGAUAACUUUGGGCUCAGUGUCUGUGCUUUUUCUCAUCAGUAUCAUUGUGCUGAUUGCAAUGCAGUGCUCAAAGUCCACAGACUAUACUUCUAAAUAUCUACAAGAGACUAAUUAUGAUGGGACACUGUGUCACAGCAUCCAGUACAGAUCUGGAGACAAACGCUACAUGCUAGUUGGACCCAGAAUGAGUAUAGGAUCUACUAUAGUCCCUGGCAGCCACGCGAAUACACUAGUGCUCCCUGACAGGAGGAGAACAUCUGAGGAGGUAAGACCAUGUUUUGAUGUUAACUGA